AUGAGUGAUAGACAACCUCUGUUAAACUCAACCAAUAAAUUGUCUAUUGGUGACGAUGAUGAUGAUCAUGGAAAUAGGCAACAACUUUUAAGCGAUAGAUUUUCUGAUUGGCGCCGAUGUUUCAAUAGAAAAGAAAGCGAUACAAAAUACAUAACAUUAGAGGAUAAUGCUGAACAAAGUGAAAAAAAUGAACCGGUUGAUGUUUUCCGCUUAUUUCGGUUUGCAGAUCGUAUCGAUUUGGUCCUCAUGUUGCUUGGAAUAUGUUUGGGAGUAUUGCAUGCCAUCUGCAUUGUCGCUAACCUAGUUUUCUUCGGUCGGCUCACAGGAAUAUUUGUUACUGAGUCAUUUGGUGAUAACUGUGAUCAUCAAUACCAAAAUUCAACAGCUUCAAUCAAGAACUAUGAUGCAUAUCCUCAAGCCAUCAAGCUUAAUAUAUUCAACAAUGCGCCGUCGCACAAACUGGGCUAUGAUAACUUCAUUUUGUUAUCAAAUUUAGCUACGUCAAUGCCUUCAUUUCGAGAAAAAGUUAUGAACAUAGUACAGUGGUUAUUCAUUACUGGUGGUAUCGAAUUUCUGACUGGCUCGAUCGGACAUUACAUUUGGACCAUUACUGUGAAACGACAGAUAUGUCGUAUGCGUGUUUCUCUCUUUCAAUCACUUAUCCAACGCAGCAUCCCUUAUAUGGAUACCAAACCAACUAGUCAACUCAAUGCUAAACUACUUGAUUUUAUUGGUCCUUUCCUUCAAGCAGUUUCAGAAGCUCAAGGUGCAGCAUCAUCGGUAUUUCGAGUUAUUGAUGAGGGAAAUGGUACAGGCAUCAGUGAAAUAGAUGUAUGGAAUGAGGAUAAAGAAUCGAUAUAUAAUAUCAAUGGUGAUAUUGAAUUUGACAAUGUCAACUUUGUUUAUCCAUCUCGAAAAGAUGUACCAGUUCUGCAUAAUCUCUCUCUUAUUGCCCGUGCUGGUCAAACAACUGCUCUUGUUGGUUCAAGUGGCUGUGGAAAAAGCACAUGUAUAUCAAUGAUUCUUCGAUACUAUGAACCUUCAUCGGGUCGAAUUACAAUUGAUGGUCGACCAAUAACAGACUACAAUGUAAAACAACUUCGACAAAACAUUGGAGUUGUUAGUCAAGAACCAAUUCUGUUCGAUAUGAGUAUUUAUGAAAACAUUCGUUUUGGUAAAUUGAAUGCAACACGAACAGAAAUUGAACAAGCAGCACGAGAAGCAAAUGCACAUAAUUUCAUCAUGCAAUUACCAAAUGGAAAUGACGCAAGUAUCAACGAAAAAGAAGUAUGGGAAGAGAAUACAGAAGCCGUUAAUAAUAUCAAUGGUGAUAUCGUAUUCAGCAAGGUCAACUUUAGUUAUCCAUCUCGUAAAGAUGCAUCAGUUCUGCGUAAUCUCUCUUUUAUUGCUCGUGCUGGUCAAACAACUGCUCUCGUAGGUUCAAAUGGCUGUGGAAAAAGUACAUGUAUAUCACUGUUUCUUCGUUACUAUGAACCUUCAUCGGGUCGAAUCACGAUUGAUGGUCGACCAAUAACGGACUGCAAUGUUAAAGAACUUCGGCAAAACAUUGGAGUUGUUAAUCAAGAACCCAUUCUGUUUAGUACGAGUAUUUAUGAAAAUAUUCGUUUUGGUAAAGUAAAUGCAACACGAACAGAAAUAGAACAAGCAGCACGAGAAGCAAAUGCACAUAAUUUCAUCAUGCAAUUACCAGACAAAUAUGAAACACAUGUAGGCGAGCGUGGCAUACAGUUAAGUGGUGGUGAAAAACAACGUAUUGCAUUAGCUCGUGUUCUUGUCAAACAACCUACUUUCCUUUUACUAGAUGAAGCAACAAGUGCACUUGAUAAUAUAAACGAAAAAAUUGUUCAAGAGGCACUCGAUCGAGCAUGCAAGGGUCGCACAACUAUUGUAAUUGCUCAUCGUUUGACUACAAUUGAAAAUGCUCAUAAAAUAUAUGUAUUAGAUAAUGGAACUGUGAUUGAGGAAGGUACACAUAAAACAUUGAUAGCAAAAGAAGGAGGCAAAUAUCAAACAAUGAUUAAACGCCAACAAAUGGCAAGAAUCGAUGAUGAUAACGAUGAUAUAAUGAGCAUAGACAAAGCAACAGAAGAAGGUAAAAAUCGUAUCGCUUCAUCGAUCUCGGGUGCUGGAGCAUUUUUUGAUUUAUUUGAUCGAAUACCAACUAUCGACAAUACAUCUACUGAAGGGCAAGAAUUGGUUGAUUUUCGUGGUGAGAUAAAAUUUGAUCAAGUCAAAUUUAUCUAUCCAGCUCGGCCAACAUCCGUUAUUCUUAACAAAUUUCAAUUAAACAUCAAGCCAAGUCAACGUGUUGCUCUUGUUGGUGUAUCAGGUUGUGGGAAAUCAACAAUAAUUCAACUUUUAGAACGAUUCUAUGAUGUUACAAGUGGUCAAAUACUUCUUGAUGGCAUUAAUAUUCGACAACUGAAUCUUCAAUGUCUUCGUUCUCAUUUUGGUCUUGUCGGUCAAGAACCAAUUUUGUUCGAUUUAACAAUUGCUGAAAACAUAGCAUAUGGCUUAGAAAAUGUCCCAAUGGAAGACAUUAUCAAUGCAGCACGUAAAGCUAAUAUUCAUCAAUUUAUUGAGCAAUUACCUCAGGGUUAUGAAACAAAUGUAGGGUUCAAAGGUAGUUAUCUGUCAGGUGGUGAGAAACAACGUAUUGCUAUUGCUCGUGCUCUUCUUCGUCGACCUAAAGUGUUACUCUUAGAUGAAGCUACAAGUGCCAUGGAUUCAUACAGUGAACAAAUUGUACAAGAAGCGCUUGAACAAGCUCAGACAGAAGAUUCUAGUCUCACAUCACUCAUCAUUACUCAUCGUCUAUCAACUAUUCGUUCAUGUGAUUUGAUUUGUGUACUUGAUAGAGGACAUAUAGUGGAAAAUGGUACUCAUACAGAAUUGAUACAACAACGUGGAGCUUAUUAUAAAAUGCUUGCUCAAAACAAUUUAAAAUAA